AUGGCGAUUAAGAACCUCAUCCCAAUCGCUCUCUUGGCCCUUGUCCACUUUUCACCCAUGGCCAUGGCACAAGGCUCAGCUUGUGCUCCUGGCGGUACUUUUGAUCUAUCCAAGUGGAAACUACAGCUUCCAAUUGGCAAGCCUGGGUCGCCAGACGAGAUCUCUGCUUCUGAGCUCAAGGGCUGCAAUGGUUACAAGUCCGAAUACUUCUUUACCAGCCCUGAUGAUGGCUCCAUUGUAAUGAAGGUCCCAGGCUCUCCAUCAACCUCCAACUGUGUCACGACCGCAAACAGCCAACACUGCCGCACAGAACUUCGUGAGAAUAGCCCGUCUAAGUGGAGUCCUUCUGCUUCGAAGAACCGGCUGUUUGGCGACUUGAUCGUGAAACAAAUCCAGGACGACCGAGUUGUGGUCGGCCAGAUCCACAUUGAUGGCUCCAUCUCCACGAAGCCCGUGUGCGAGCUUUACUAUAGUUCCAAGGGUGAUCUGACGAUGGGUGUCAAUCGAUGCCGCACUUGCAGCCAGAAAACAUUCACUGUCGGCCACGUUCCUGUAGGCCAGAGAUUCACCUACGAAAUCCGGUACGAGAGCGGUAUUCUAUCCGUUAGUCUCAAUGGCCAGGCUUUCCAGAAACUCGACACGUUUGACCUGGAUAACCCGGAUAGUUACUUCAAGGCCGGCAACUAUAACCAGGGCAAUGGUCCCACGGAGGUUCACUUCUUUGCAAUCCGCGUUACUCACUAG